UCUCAAAUAUCACAAAAUCUCCUUCAAUGAGACUUGUACAACAACGUUUCUCUUCAGCGAACCAGAAUAUACCGAUUCUAUAGCUCCGCUCUCAGUAACGCCCAAAAAUGUUCACUCAAAGCGACCACACCCUCGCAGCGGCUUACGCCUCUCUCAUACUGGCCGAUGAAAACAUCGAAAUCACCCCCGACAAACUACAGACAAUUCUCAAAGCCGCCGGUAUAGACAUUGAGCCGAUUUGGUCCAUGAUUAUGGCGAAGGCACUUUACGGAAAGAACGUCAAGGAGAUUGUAACUACGCUUGGUGUGAAAGAUCCGGACAACGGUGGUACUGCUGGUGCUAUGAAGGAUACAGCAGAAGUCAUAGGAGAGAAGAACGAAGGCGAUGAGGGAGUGGAUUGUGCGGGUAGAAUCAAUGAGUCAGAUGAUGAGGAGGGGAUGUUUGAUUUAUUUGGAUGAAAGGAUGUGUAGGUAGGUUGUUGGGGAGGAAAGAGGCUGUGUAUGCCCGGAUCAAGGGGUAUGAGUCAUUGCGUCCAUAUAGAGCGGUAUCAGGAUAGAUCCACCUCAAUUGAUACAUGUUCCAGCCGGG